AUGCGAAAGAAGAAAAUUGCACGACUGUCUGAGCUUUCCGACGAUUCAUCGGAUACAUCGGAUGAGAUUCUUAUCACCAAGGACUUGGAAGAGAUGCCCGCGACCACAACUUAUUCUUCUUUGACAGUGUGUGCUAUCACGGACAAAAAGGAGACAAUCGACACCAAGCUUGAUGAGCCCAAAGGCGACAGCAGUGACAACCGUGCUGUAGUCCACAGCGUUAGUUCAGAAGCAAAUAUUAUGGACAAUUCAGAAGAGUAUUACUCGCUUUCCAUGUUGAAAGAACGAAUCCAUCAUAACUACAGCAACCCAAGUCCUUCCAUGCUACAAGCCAAGAUACAGACCCCGUUGGUGUUUAGCGCUGCCAUUCAAACCUUGCUCGUCGAUGCUCAAUCGCAAAUCAAAUUUCGGCAAGGGACCAAUCAAAUUGACCCAAAUAUGGGAGAUGUUGACAAGACAAAAAAGGCAGACCCAAUCUUCUUGCAAUUGGAAGGCAGAACCGUACACAAUGUACGUUGGGAGCUCAACAUUCCAGGAAUCCUCCUGAAAUGCCCCAUCUGCAACUCUGGCGAAUUGAUUCACCAAGAGUACGAUUUCUGCGAGGAUGCUACCACUACGGCACUGUGGAGCCCUUCGGGUGAUAUCGAUUUUGCAUGUUCCAUGAACUACAAGUGCAAUGGAUGUCAUGAGCAAUGCAAAGCCAAUGACGGACGCUUGUUGGCAUCUCCGGGGGCUCAUUUCUGUAACGCCUAUCCCGUCGAUCCUCUAUGUGCCUUAUCAGACGAGCCUAUCCAUUUAAAUCAAUCGCUAUUGAGGCUUAUGGAUAUUCUACUGGCCAAAAUGACAGAGAACAAUGAGAGUAAUGUUGUCCAAACCUUUGCCGAAGUUCUACAACAACUGCAACGAAAGAGGCAUGCAGAACUGCGCAGCCAGUAUCUGGAUCAGGCAUCAUUUGUAGAGGAGAAUCUUGCAGCUGAGGCUCCUGGACAGUCGCUUGGAUUUCCAAACAUGGACGAGUGGAGGGGACCCUUCAACGUUCCUACUGGAAACAUGUUGGAAAUCCUUGCUGACGCUGUGGCAGAAGCGAAAUUGGCAAAGUCCAUUUCAGCAGCCAGCGCAAUGCAAAAAAUGAUUGUCCGUAGUCCAAAAACCUACCCAGUCGCAACAACUCCGGCAAAGAUUGCAAUCGAGAUCAUUCAGGUCGCAAACGCUUGUGUAGACAAUCAUGACGAUGAUGUUCCGAAUCUUUCCUUGACUCAAGCUGGUCAUUCAUUGAAUACUGAAAUUGACUCGGCUAUCGAGGCAAAUGAAAUGUUGGACAAGGGAUGA